AUGCGCGCCAACGAGCGCCUCGUCCUCGUCGGCCCGCGUGUGCUGCUCGUGCCGUACCGGAAGGAGCACGUCGAGAAGUACCACGCCUGGAUGCAGGACCCGCUCAUCCGCGAGGCCACCGCCUCGGAGCCGCUGUCGCUGCCGGAGGAGUACGAAAUGCAGGCCAGCUGGCACGCCGACGACGACAAGCUGACGUUCAUCGUCAUGGCGCGCCCGCCGGGCAGUGUGGUGCCGCAGAGUGCCGCAGAGGCGAUCAGCGAGAGCCAAAUGAUCGGCGAUGUGAACCUGUUCAUCUCCGAAGCACACGACGACGAGGAAGAGGAGGGCACAGAGGCGGCAGACGCACCGCCACAGGCCAAGAGCUGGUGCGCCGAGGUCGAGGUUAUGAUCGCCGAGCAUGCCUUUCGCGGCCGCGGCAUUGCGCAAGAGGCCGUGUCGCUGCUGCUGCACUACGCCUCGCACGCCUCCAGCGGGCUCGGCUCCUUGCCUGCGCCGUUUCCGCUGCCUGCGCCGGCGCUGCACGCCAAGAUCGGCCUCGCCAACGCCGGCAGCCGGCGCCUGUUUGCGCGUCUCGGCUUCGAGGAGGUGCGGGUGAGCCAGGUGUGGCAGGAGGUCGAGGUGCGCUGGACGGGCACGGGGGCGCUGCCGCCGCUGGCACGGCUCGAGUGGCCGGUGGAAUGA